AUGGGUGACGUUAAUGAAGAUGUUAAGCCUGAUGUUUAUCAAAAUGGAAAUGGAGCUGAUCCAGUUAAUUGUGAUAAUGGUGGAGGAGAAGGAACAGUCGAUGGAGAUGGAACUGGUAUCAAAGAAGAGACUGGUGGAGGAGGAGGGGUUGGUGGUGGAGGAUUUGCUGGAUUUAGUAACAGAGCAUCGAGGAAUAAUGCACAGCUUGAACCUGAACAAUUUCGGAAGAUUUUCAUUGGAGGACUCUCAUUGAACACAACAGAUGAAAAUCUUCAUAACUUUUAUUCACAAUGGGGUGAACUUGUUGAUUGUAUUGUAAUGCGUGAUCCUGCAAGUAAACGCUCGCGUGGAUUUGGAUUUGUCUCGUAUUCUUGUCAAAGCGAGGUUGAUCUGGCCAUGGCUGCACGUCCGCAUAAUAUUGAUGGCAAAGUGGUGGAUCCGAAACGAGCUGUUCCACGCGAUCAGUCACAAAAAUCUGAACAGAAUAUGUCAACAAAGCGUCUUUAUGUGUCCGGUGUUCGAGAGGAGCAUACAGAAGAUAUAUUUAGCAAAUAUUUUGCACAAUUUGGAGUUGUCACAAAAGUUGAAAUCAUCACUGAUAAAGUUACUCAAAAAGCGCGUGGAUUUGCCUUUAUUUCUUUUGAUGAUUAUGAUUCUGUGGAUAAGUUUAUGUGUUCUUCUAAAAUCACAUAUGAUCUAUGGCUAUCGUUGUGA